AGCGAACCAGUUUUCCCGGCGUUUCAAGGCGUUACGACGAACGUUCACAAGCAGUUUCGUUUUGCUGACUGCAGACGUUCGCAGUCAGUUUGCCACUAUCAUCAAUACAAGAUGGUUGUCGUGGAAGCUCAGCAUGAGGCAGACGUCAUAGCUCAAGUUCGAAACCUGGUCAAAGGAGAAACAAAGCUUGUUUGCCCGACUACAGAUGAAUUUCUUAUCAGGUUUAUCAAGGCUUCUAAAUAUGACGUCAAGGCUUCCUUUACUUUAGUUAAGGACUAUUAUAAAGCCAAAAUAGAUUUACCUGAUGAAUUUGUCACCGAAGCUGCUUCAUCCUAUGUAGACAUCUUCAGCAACCUAAAUAUUGGUUUUAUUCUCCCACAUGUUGAUUUAUUUGGAAGGACGACACUAUUUUUGAGGCUUGGUUACGUAGACCCAGGAGAACUUAAUUGGAACCACUGUAUACAAGCAGUAAUUCUCGUGUUGGAAUACUUAUCAUACCAGCCAGAAGCCCAAAAUACAGGCAUAAAUUUGAUUGUUGAUUGUACAGAUCUUACCAUAAAAAUAAUGAAAUGGGCAACUCCACACAAACUUAAAACUAUUGUGAAGAUAUUACAGGAAUGUGUUCCAGUAAGAUUUGAAGUGAUACAUAUUAUAAAUCCUCCAAUGGUUUUUAAUUUGUUCUUCGCAGCUUUGAGACCAUUCCUUGCAGAUAGUAUGAAUGAAAAGUUUAAAUGGCAUAAAGCCCCAUGUACCGAUUUAGUCGAUAUUAUAUGCAGCGAAAGCAUACCUACCUGGUUAGGAGGCACUAUGGGUUUAGAUAGCAUAAAACACUGGUACGAUGAUAUUUUGAAAAAAGAAAAACUGUUAAAAGAAGACCCAUCCAUAGGUUACAGAAAAUCAAAGUAGUAAAGACGCUUCUUCGUACAAAUAUAUCAAAAUAUGACCACAGAAGAUCAUGUAGAAAACUUGAUUAAAACACCAUUUAUUUUUAAUUUAAAAUCUUAUAAAGGAACAACAAAAUAAUUUUUAUCAUCAAUAAUUAAAUAAAGAUAUUAUAUUAUGUCGGUUUGUGACCACUAGAACCAUGAUUGCAUUGUAAAUUAUAUGUAUAAAUAAAACAACUAACCAUGCUUAUAAAUACUUGUAAUUAAAUUUUUAUUUAUUUAGUCAGUAAUCUAGUAUUACUAUGCAACUUUCAUAAUAAUUAUAGGGAGGUAAGACAACAUUCAAACUAUAUAUAGAGAAAAGAUAAAAUUAUAAUUAAAUAAAGAUAUAUUAUGUUGGUUUGUGGUCGCUUGAACAGUGAUUAUAUUAUAA